CCCGCCGACCACUCGAACUUCUCCCCCCAUCUCUCUUUGUUGCACUGUACAUCCAUCCCUUCCGGUCCUUCCCUUUCGUCAGUCUCUUCUUCGUCCUCCUCUCUUUUUUCUUCUUCACCGCGCCCCGCCUGACUCGCGCCUGGUGCUCCCGGGCCCCCUCGCUUUGAUCACCUCUCGCCAACUAGCGCCCAGCGACCCCCUGCAAGCAAGCUGCACGGCGCCUUGGUCAGGACAGGAUCAGAAUCAGGUCCAGGUCCGUCCAACAAGUGUUUACGGGCUUGCCUGCCUGCCUCUUCUGCACAGCCGCCGGCCAGCGCAGCCUCCCUCUUCUCUUCCCCACGCUUUAACUUCACGUCCGCGCCGUCGCACCGCCAGCCCGCGAUCGCUCGUUCGACUGCCACCCACCGUCCCCUCGUUCUGCGAAGCUCUCCGUUCACGCGCUCUCCGACGCGACUAGCGCCCGGCUCCGUCAAGGCGCACCGCAACCAUGCCAACCGCCUACGGCAACUUUCACGACUUCUGUCGUGACGCUGGCAACGCCUAUGCUACCAUCCCAGUGUGCAAUCUCUUCAGUCAGUCGCCUGCGCGUGGCGGAGAACUGACUGCCUGGGGAGGAUGUAAUCUACGCGGCAUCUCUCUGAGCGACGGCCGUUAUCUGGCGAACUUGGGAUCAAUUCUUCUCUGUGGAAUCGCUAUCCUUGUUAGCAUAUUGUUAAUUCUGCUCGCCGAGCGUAAGCGCGCUGCCGUCGGUAGAAGAGAGAUGCAACUCUUCUUCCUGGGUUACAUAAUUAUCGAGAUAUGCGAAAUCUUCACCGUCGGAGGCUUCCCCUUAAACGGGGCUGUUCGCAGAGGAUUCAGUGCAGUUCACAUCGCCGCUGUCGUAGCCACUCUUUGGAUGCUUCUCAUGAACGGCGCGGUCGGCUUCCAGGCGCUUGAUGACGGCACACCUCUCUCCCUUGGUCUGAUCUUUGUCUCCUCGAUCAUUUUCUUCGUGGGAACCGGUUACAUUGCUCUCGACACCGGCUUUAGCUGGACGGGCUACUGGGAUGACACCCUCACCGGCAACAACCGCGCAUACGCAUUGUAUACGCUGUAUCAACUUGUUCCUCUGGUUUUUCUAGUUAUUUUCUUCGUUCUCGAAGCGUACCUGGUCAUAAGAGUCCUGGGAGAGAAGAAGCCGUUGCUUUAUCUCACAGCCGCGGCGCUCCUCUUCGCCAUCGGGCAGAUUUUCCAAUACGUGAUCAGCGUCCAUCUUUGCAACUCGACCAACGGCAGGAUCAAUGGCGGUCUCUUCGAAACGCUCUUUACUCUCCUCGCUGUCUCGAUGAUCUACGUCUUCUGGUCCAGCAUCACUGAAGACGACUGGCCGAUGGCCUCAGGCGGCUCGACUUAUACAUAAAAGCGCCAUAUUGGAGUCUGCUCACGCGCUAGACGCGUAAAAUAGCGGCAGGACAAAUCCGGGCGCAGAUUCUUCUUUCUUUGCAACUUUCUUCAAACAAAACCAAGCAUGGCGUGCAUUUAAUCGAGUUCGGACUUUUUGAGGGCAGGUCUUAGAGCCGUGCCAAGGAUAUUCCCCCACGAUGUUAUUGUUAUGGAUUAGAUAAUGCUUCUCAAACUAAUGAUGUGAACGAGGGUGCAGCCCGCAUCCGGCGAAACAAAUUACUUGGCUGGUCCAU